AUGGCCACAGCGCUCGACAAGUUGAAGCAGCACACCAUCGUGGUUGCCGACACUGGCGACUUCGGUUCGAUUGAAAAGUACAAGCCGCAGGAUGCCACGACCAAUCCUUCUCUGAUGUUGGCCGCAUCGCAGUUGCCGCAGUACCAGCACCUUCUCGAAGAUGCAGUUGCGUACGGCAAGAGCAAGGGAUCGACGCUCGCCGAACAGACUGAAAGAGCCAUGGACAAGCUGUUCGUGAACUUCGGCGUUGAGAUCCUCAAGAUCGUGCCCGGUCGCGUCUCCACCGAGAUUGACGCUCGCCUGUCCUUCGACACCGAAGCCAACGUUGCCAAGGGUAGGGAGCUCAUCGCCCUCUACAAGGAAGCUGGCAUUGCCAGCGACCGCGUCCUGUUGAAGAUCGCUUCCACCUGGGAGGGUCUCCAAGCGGCCAAGCAGCUGGAAGCUGAAGGCCUGCACGUCAACAUGACCCUGCUGUUUUGCGUCGAGCAGGCAGCCCUCGCCGGCAAGAACGGAGUGACGCUGAUCUCGCCUUUUGCUGGGCGCAUCACGGACUUUUACAAGCAGAAGGAGGGCAAGUCCUCUUAUCCUCCCUCGGAGGACCCAGGUGUGCUCUCGGUGACCAGCAUCUACAACUACAUGCGCAAGUAUGGUUUCAAGACGCAGGUCAUGGGCGCAAGCUUCAGGACCAAGGAGCAGGUCAUCGAACUGGCUGGCUGCGAUUUGCUCACCAUCUCGCCCCAGCUGCUCGGUGAGCUGCAGGCGACCGAUGCCGACGUGCCGCGCAAGCUCAACCCCGAAGCGGCAGCGAAUGCCGAUCUCGAGGAGCUCAACCUCGACGAGAAGACUUUCCGCUUCCUUCUCAACGAAAACGAGAUGGCCGAUUUCAAGCUUGCCGAAGGCAUUCGCAAGUUCGUGGCCGAUGUCGUCAAGCUCGAGAACGACAUCAAGAAGAGGCUGUCGGCCUAA